AUGUAGGAAGCAAAAUACCCAAAUUUUGAGAAUAUCUAAUACUCCAAUCCAUCAUCAUAGGGUGAAGGACUAUAAUAAUAAUUUAUGGAUAAGCCAAACUAAAACAUUAAAUUUGUUCCAGUAUUAGCAUCUUCAUAAUAAAAUUACCAAGAAUCAACCUAAUAUUAAUAAUAUGCAUAAUAUUAAUAAAAUCAAGUGAUUCCCUAUGCUGAAUACUUCAAUCAUAGUUUGGUGCCAAUCCCUGUUCAACAUUCUAAUUUGCUUAAAGACUAAGAAUUUUAAACAUAGAAAUUAUUCUUAUGUGGAAUUUUAGGAAUAUACAUUUUAUGGUCUAUCCUAUUUGUGCUGUUACUAUUUCCAUUAUCAAUAGUAUUCUUUUGGGAUACUCACAGUGGAAAUGGAAGCCCAAUUCCUUUCUUUUUUUUAAUUAUAUUCUUAUUUCUCACCAUUUUUCUAGGAAAACUUGGAACUAAAAAUAAUAAUCGAAAAGUAUUUGCUGAUUCUAUUUUAGUUAUCAAACAGUAUUUUCAUACUGCUUAUGCUAUUGUUUAGCUACACAUUCUUUUAUUUAUCCUUGCUUGGGAGUUUGGGGUCAUAAUCAAAAUCAUAAUUUGGAUGUAAUUUAUAGGUUGCUAUUUUUAGGGGAUUUUGUCAUAGCAAUAUUUUUGAUCUUCUUUGUUAUUGGAAAUUUUAUUUUUAAUUUCAUCACACUGGCUUGUUUAAUAUUCUCUGAUAACAAAUUUAACACUGCCUGUAAGAUAUCUUAACAUUUCAUUAGACCCUGUUCUUAUUGAGAUCGUUGUAAUUGUUAUUGUCGCUAUUAUCCUUCAUCCAAUCUAUUUAUUUUGCAUUCUUUUUAUGGUACCAUAUGCUAUUUGUUUGAUGAAUGCUUUCAAACAAAUCUUAAAUGGAAGAGUAUUAAGUUCAUUUAAGUUAAUAGUUUGAGUUGGAAAAAAAUCAAGUAAUUGUUGGUGCCAUGGCUUCGUUUUAUUGUUCUAUCAUUUGUUGUACUGAUUGAAAUUUUUAUAUUUAUUAUUUUA